AUGAACAAUAUCAAACACACGCUCAAUAUUGUUUUAUUGUUAACGCUGUCAGCUGCAAUUUAUCCAGCUAUAAAGGCAUUCAGAUCCCACGAGAAAAAGAUCAAGCGAAAUGGAUCUUUAGCAGACUUGAUUGGAAAUACACCUCUCUUGAGAAUAAAGAGCCUUUCGGAAGCCACUGGAUGCGAGAUUUACGCAAAAAUGGAGCUGUGCAACCCAGGAGGCUCCGCUAAAGAUAGAAUAGCAUUGGCAAUCAUUGAAGAUUUUGAAAAAAAGGGUAUGAUUCGUCGUGGAAAAGGAGAUAUCAUUUUUGAGGGGACGUCGGGAUCUACAGGUAUUUCUUUCGCAAUGCUGUGCAAAGCUUUUGGAUACACAGCUCACAUUUGCCUGCCCAAUGAUACGUCCCAAGACAAGUUGAACCUUUUGAAAAUGUAUGGGGCAGAGAUCGAGAAAGUCAAGCCAGCUUCUAUUGUUGACCCAGACCAGUACGUAAAUGCUGCAAAGAAGGGAGCAAAAGAUAUAGCAAGCAGUUCUUCAGACAUAAAUGCGGUAUUUGCAGACCAAUUUGAAAAUGACUGCAACUGGAAAAUUCAUUAUAGUACAACAGCUCCUGAAAUAUGGGAACAAGUUAACCACAAGCUGGACUAUUUUAUUACAGGAUCAGGAACCGGUGGGACGUUGGCAGGAUGUUCAAUGUUUUUCAAAGAAAAAAGCUCUUCAAUAAAAUCAGUUCUCGCAGAUCCCCAGGGAUCUGGUCUGUUCAAUAGAGUGAAAUUUGGUAUAAUGUACGAUCAAGUGGAAAGAGAAGGUACACGAAGACGCCAUCAAGUGGAUACAUUGGUUGAGGGGAUUGGCUUAAACAGAAUCACACAUAAUUUUGCCAAGGGUGAACCUUUUAUAGAUGAUGCUGAACGUGUACUGGAUGAAGAAGCUUUGAAAAUGGCUAGAUAUUUGAACGAGAAUGAAGGAUUAUUUUUGGGGUCUAGCAGCUGCGUGAACGCGGUUGCUGCAACCAGGAUAGCGUUGACCAAGGCAAACAAAGGGGACACUAUUGUUUUUGUUGCAUGCGAUUCGGGUACUAGACAUGUAUCAAAGUUUUGGAAGCACGCUCUGGACUACGAUUAUACCUCGGAUCUACGUGAAGUCGUGAACUGUAAAUAA